ACUUGUAUCCAUCCAUGGAGUCUUAAGAGAAGCAGCCGGGCAUAGAGGAAAAAAAAGAGACUUAAGAACAAUCGAUAACCUCUAUUGAUUCUUAUUGUCAUGUACACAUUUUCAAAGGAUUUUGUGUUGGUGAAUCAUCUCAGUAUACCUGCCAACAGGAUUUAUAUUGAAUUUUCCAGCAUUAUCCUUCUCUCUUCACUGGAAUCUACCAUGGAAGAACACAAGGACAAGCAGCUAGAUUAUGAGUCAGAAAAAGUGGAAAUCUUAAGAUUGGUCCAGUCAAAGAGGAACAUUAACAGUUUGAACAUGGAUCUUGAAAGGGAUAUGCAGAGAAUAGAUGAAGCAAAUCAGGAACUUCUUCUCAAAAUCCACGAGAAAGAAAAUGAGAUUCAGAGGCUGGAAAGUGAGAUCACUCAGACCAGAGACUUGGCUGAAGAUGAGGAGUGGGAGAAGGAGAACUGCAUCGCAAUGGAGAGGGAAAAAGCCUUGCAGGAGCUGGAAGAAGAAACAGCUAGACUUGAUAGGAAGAAUGAAACUCUGGUCCACAGUAUAGAAGAACUUCAAAGAAAGCUUACAAGGAAAUCACAUAAGGCAACCAAGUGUGAACAAGACAAUCCAAAGGGAUCCCCAGAAGAGUCAAAGGCUAAAUUACAACAGCUGGAGGCUUCCUGUGCAGUCCAAGAGAAAGAACUAGCCAAGGUCAUGGAAGACUAUGCAUUUGUGGCCCAGCUCUGUGAAGAUCAGGCCCUCUGCAUAAAGAAGUACCAGGAAACUUUGAGGAAAAUAGAAGAAGAACUAGAGAUUCGGUUCCUUGAAAGAGAAGUAUCAAAAGUCUUGAGCAUGAAUUCUGCAAGAAGAGAGUCUAAUAGCCAAAAUAAUAAAGAUCAUUCUCUCCAAAAGAAGGGAACAUGGUUCUGUAAAAGGAUUUUUCAAUACGUCUUUUUCACCACCCUAUUUUUCAUCAGACUGCUGGGCUACUUGUUUUUCCAUAUAAGUUUUAUAAAUCCAGAUCUCCUUAUCAACAUACUGCCCAAGAUCUUGAGCAGGGGCAUCCUGUGGAAGCUAAGAUGCUUCCUCUUUCCAUCUCUGACACUUGAGACAGAGGACAUGUUACCCCACUGAUCCCCAAGAAAUAUCCUUGAGCAAAAGAA